AUGGGUCGUUCAGACCGUGAGAGAGACCGUGAUAGAGAUCGAAGGGAUCGGGACCGGGAUCGAGACAGAGACCGCAGAGAUAGAAAGCGCAGCAGAUCUCGUUCCAAAGAACGUAGGGAUAGAAAAAGGAGCAGAACUCGAUCACCACGUAGAGAACGCGAGAGGAGCAGGUCUCCAAGAAGAGAUAAGGAGAAAGAUAGAAAAAAAGAUGAUGAAAGGGACAGAAAACGAGAAGAGCGAGAGAAGAAAAAGCAGGAAGAUGCUGCCAUAGAUGCUCAGAAAGAAACUCAGUUGGAGUUGGAGAGAGUUAUGGAAGAAAGGAGGAAGAAAGUCGAAAUGUGGAGAGCGCAACGUAAAAAGCACGAACCAACUGAGGAAGGAGAAGGAGCGGGCCAAGCUGUGAACGCUGAGCCUGAAAAGCCUGAGAAAACAUGGACUUUAGAAGAUGAUGAGGAUGAUGAAGAAGAUGACCUGAUGGAUACCACUAACGAAAAUGAUGGGGAAGAAAAACCUUUAGUCAAAAAAGAAAUUGCAGCCGAUGAGGUUGAUCCACUCGAUGCCUUCAUGACAAAUGUUGUAGCAAAAGAGAUUCAAAAAGGAAGACCUAAGAAUGCUAUUCGAGUUGUCACUAUCAAUACAGCGAGUGCUUCUGAGAAAAACAAGGGAGACGUUCUUGAAAAUGAAGAUAGAGCUGAUGUUGUUAUAGAGGAUAUUGAUAUUGAACAGACGGCUAUUAGUUUGUGUCACAAAGGACGUUUAUUGCCUACUACUGAUCAUGAUAAAAUUUAUUACAGACCAUUCAGAAAGAACUUUUAUGUUGAACCCGCUGAAAUGGCGAGGAUGUCAGGAGAAGAAGUAAAAAAGCUCAGAGAAGAAUUGGAUGGCAUAAAAGUUAAAGGAAAGCAUUGCCCCAAGCCUAUUAAAACAUGGGCUCAAUGUGGAUUGGAUAGAAAUAUCUUACAAUUGCUGAAAAAACUAAAAUAUACAAAGCCAACUCCUAUUCAAGCUCAAGCUAUUCCAGCGUCUAUGUCAGGUAGAGAUGUUAUUGGUAUCGCCAAAACUGGAAGUGGUAAAACACUAGCUUUCCUUCUUCCAAUGUUUAGGCAUGUUUUGGAUCAAGAUGCUCUGGAGGAAUUGGACGGACCUAUAGCUAUUAUCAUGGCUCCGACUAGAGAGCUUGUUAUGCAAACUUGGAAAGAGUGUUCGAAGUUCACAAAGAUUCUAAAUCUGCGAUGUGUUUGUGCUUUUGGUGGUGUUGCUAUUUCCGAGCAAAUCGCUGAACUCAAAAGAGGAGCUGAAAUCAUUGUCUGUACCCCUGGAAGAAUGAUUGAUUUACUGGCUGCCAAUAAUGGUAAAGUUACCAACCUUCGACGAGUCACUUAUUUGGUCAUCGAUGAAGCCGACCGGAUGUUCGAUAUGGGUUUUGAACCACAGGUUAUGAAAAUCGUGAAUAAUAUUAGGCCAGAUCGUCAACCAGUUUUGUUUUCUGCUACUUUCCCUCGGCAGAUGGAAGCUUUGGCUCGUAAAAUUUUAACCGAUCCUUUAGAGAUUCAAGUUGGAGGAAGAAGUGUUGUUUGCUCAGAUGUGACUCAAAACGCUCUGAUUUGUGAAGAGCAUCAGAAGAGCUUGAAACUAUUAGAAUUGCUUGGGUUGUUCUGUGAACAAGGAAAUGCUAUUGUAUUCGUUGAUAGACAAGAAAAGGCUGACGAAAUUUGUGGACAGCUCCUCGCCAGAAAUUAUACUGCAGCUUCUCUUCAUGGAGGAAUAGACCAGUUUGAUCGAGAUUCCACAAUCACAGAUUUUAAGAAUGGAGCCAUAAAAGUUUUGAUCGCAACUUCUGUUGCUGCAAGAGGUUUGGACGUCAAGAAUUUGAUUCUAGUUGUUAAUUAUGAUUGUCCUAACCAUUAUGAGGAUUAUGUUCAUAGGGUGGGUCGUACCGGAAGAGCGGGUAAAAAAGGUUACGCCUAUACAUUUAUUCUCCCGGAACAUCAGGAAAGAAUGGCCGGUGAAAUUUGCAGAGCCUUCGAAACGGCAGGAGUUAAACCUCCAGCUGAUAUUCAAGCCAUGUUCGAAAGAUUCAAGGCAGAAAUGGAAGCUGAAGGAAAGACAGUUCAUCUUGGCGGCAAAGGCUUUGCUGGAAGUGGUUACAAGCAUGACGAUGAAGAAGCCGAAGCUGACGCUACCAAGAAGAAGAUGACUCGGUUAGUAACAGGCUUAGAACAUGGUCAGGACGACGAUGAUGAGCUGGAGGAACAGUUGAACAAUUUGAUCAAGAGUAAACGACGUGUUGUUGCUGGUCAAUUGCCAAGGAAAGAAAAGCUGUCUUCGGCAGUGGCGGACAAGAUUAGUGAAGCAAAAGCCAGAGCAGAAGCUUUGGCAUCUCUCAAGCGGGCCAACGCUCCGAUUGAGAGAGAUGCUGUUACAAAGGCGACCGAAGCUGUUCUGAAGGGUAACCAACUCGAACCUAUGGAGAUGACUAAGGAAAUGAUUGCUAGGCAAAUGGCUAAUAAGCUCAAUGAACGUCUCAACUAUAUUGGAGGAGAGGAGUUGCCCUCGACGAGUAAAGAAGAGGAGUGGCAGUACUUUGAGGAAGAAAUUGAAAUUAACGAGUUUCCACAACAAGUUCGAUACAAAGUUUGCAGCAGAGAUUCUGUUUCGCAUAUCUCUGAGUAUGCCGAUGUUGGUAUAAGUGUCAAAGGAAGCCACUAUCCUCCGGGUAAAGAACCAAGAGAUGGUGAUAGAAAACUGUAUUUGCUACUCGAGGCUCGCAGUGAAAUGAAUCUGCGGAGAGCAAAGGAAGAGAUCGUAAGAAUAAUGAAAGAAGCGUUCCGUCAAUUGACCAUACAAAACCGGGGACCUACUGGUCGUUACAAAUUGUUUUAA